UCUGGCACGCUGCGAUUUCAAAUUUAAUAUGGCGAAACAAUAAAUUUUUUUUUAUUUUUUUUUAUUUUGCCGCAAAAGUCUCUAUAAAUAUUUACAUAGAAUUAUAAAAGUUGUUGUAGCAAAAUGCACAAAAUGUUUUGACAAUUGUAGUAACGUAUAAGCGUGUCUCGUUGGCCGAGUCUACAAUGGAAAAUAUAUGCAGCGUCUGUUUUUCGGCCGCUGAACUAUAUCAAAUAUCUGGUUUCACUUUGCCGAUGUGCUUAAAAUGUUCAGAACAAUUUACGACAAAGGGAAUUACGAUUAACUCAUUGAACUUUUAUCAAACUCUUCAACAACAACCAGUGACGGCAACUAUUACAAGUCAACAAAUAAACAGUGUGACUGUUCCAAUAACCGUUCAGCUGAGCGCGUCCACUACGAAUCAACCAACAAAUUUAUCUCGUGCCACCGACAUGAACACAGACUCUCAAUCAUCGACAUCGUCUCACGAUGCACCCAUUAACAUUAAGCAGGAAGCGAUUGGCCUAGCCGACGAACUGGAAAAAUCGCUACAGAACGGAGAUAGUGAAUUACAGGGAGAGGAAGGAACGUGCGGACUGUGUGCCAAAACAUUCUCCAGAAAAUCAUCUCUUCUCUCACACAUGAGAAAUCAUUCGAUAGACCGUAAGUUUAUCUGUUCAUACUGUCAGAAAGGAUUCACGCAGGCCGCCAAUCUUCGCAAUCAUGAACGAAUUCACCGAAACGAAAGGCCAUAUGUGUGCAAUGAGUGCGGAAAGGCGUUUACUCAAGUGACCAAUUUAAAUAACCACACACGACUGCAUACCGGCGAGAGACCAUUCGUCUGUAUAGAAGCCAACUGUGGCCGAUCAUUCGCGCAGGUAACUAAUCUAAACAACCACAUGAAAACUCAUCAUAAAAUUCAACAGUACGUUUGCAACCAAUGCCCGAAAAAAUUUACUCAGGUCACAUCAUUAAAUCAACAUUUACUCGUUCACAGUGGCAUACGCGGCUAUUUUUGUCCGCAUUGUCCCGAUAAAACGUUUAAACAGCAAAGCCAUUUAUCUCAACACAUGAAAACCCAUGGUGUGUAUCCGUUCAAAUGCAACCACUGUGAUGAAAAGUUUUUCCAAGUGUCCCAUUUAACGCAGCAUAUGAAAACGCACGACGAAUUCAAAUUCAAAUGCAACGUGUGCUUUAGUGCCUUCAAUCAGGAAUCGAUGCUGCGAAAACACAUGCAAAAGCAUACCGAUGACAGCAGGCACUUGUUAUGUCCAAUUCCAUCUUGUAGCGAAAUGUUCGCCGACAAGGACUUAUUGACCAAGCAUCUGGAAACGGAUCAUGCCAAAAUCGAUGCGGUCCAGCAACAAGUCCCAGUGAAGCGGGUCUACGCUGGUAAAUACAAUUGUUACUUUGAAGGUUGUAACGAAUAUUUCGAUGAUGCGGAAAAACUCAACGAACAUUUAAUCAGCACACACGCACUGCUGCACAAAGAUCUGGAAGCUCGAAGUAAAAUGAAUCUAAUGUUUCUGGAACAAAUUAAGAAUCAAAUGACCGAACAAUAUGUGGCCUCACUGGGUGCCGCUGUACAUCAACCGCAUAACAGUAUUAUUAUGGGUAACAAACCGAGACCGCUGAACAAUGACGGACCGGCAGUGAUGGUAGAAUAUGCAACAAUAAAUGGUAAAAUCAAUGAAAAUGAUUUUAAGACGAUCUACUUUUCGCAGGAGAAAAAACCGAAAAUUCAUGACGGUCAAGUAAGAUUAAGUUAAAGAUCGCUAAAGCUCACCGGUUGGGACAACCAGACAAUUUUUUCUUUUGUUUUUUUGUUCUCAUUUGGGAAUCGAAAUGCUGAAUUAAUCAAUUGUAAUAAGACAAAAUGUUAUAAAUAAAAAAGGAAAUGAAGAAGAAGAAGAAGAAGGAGAAAUCUAUCAGAAAUUACGAGAGCGAUACAAAUUUUUAAAAGAGACACUAUGUGAGAGAGGGAGGGAGAGAGAACUUGAUAAUAUUUACAUGAAAUCUUUUUUUUUUCAUUUUUAGACACUUAAGUUCAAUUUAAUUCUAGUAUAGAUGUACAAUGUGACAUUUCGAGGAAAAAAAUAAACAAUUAUGUGUUAUCGAAACAAA